GGGCGAGAGGAGCAGAGGAGUUUCCGUUAUCCAUUCAGUUUCUCUCUCUAAAAAAUAUUUUCUCUCUCUAGAAAAUCAUCUCUCCUUGCGAAUUUUUUUGGGGGGUUUUUGGCCGCAAAUCCUUCAUCUUUAAGGAAGCAAAUUUGAAUCCAACGAUUGAGAAGCCAUGAUUUCCGAUUCGGUCGCGAACGCUUCGAUUCCUUCGGCAGCCUACAACUCUAAGGAUUUGGGCAAGAAGAAGAGGGCGAGGACCGCCAAAUUGAAGCAGUGCAAGCUUGAUGUUCGUCGCGAGCAAUGGCUUUCGCAAGGCGCGGUCAAGAACAAGUGUUGCAAGGAGGAAACGAACGGCGUUCGAACUGGCAACAAGGAGAACAAUCGUUCGUUAGGGAAUUUGGAGGCGAGGUCGAGAGGGGGAGAAAACGACGGAUUGAUCCACCACAACGACAGCGAUUUGGAGUCCCUGUCUUCCAGUCCGACCAGCCUGAACAGUGGUGUCUUGGGCGGCAACGAUUCGGGGACGAACUUUACUGGUUCUAGCAGCAGCAGUAGCAGCAGCACCAGUAGUGGUGGUUGUUGCUCUGGGAGUAUCACGGAGGAGGAAGAAGAAGACGACGGUUGCUUGGAUGACUGGGAGGCCGUGGCAGACGCCUUGGCCGCCAAUGACAAGCAGGAAAAUCAAUGCUCAGAAUCUCCUCCGGAGCGCGAACAGAUUUCCGAAACGGUUUCUGCUUGUCAAGCAACCAAUGGGGUUUCAGGUGGAAAUUCGAAACCAGAGUUUACAAGAACGGAGCCGAGGAGUGCAGGGAAUAGCAGAGCUUGGAGGCCGGAUGAUGCCUUUCGUCCUCAGAGCUUGCCCAAUUUAUCUAAGCAGCUUAGCUUGCCCAACUCGGACCGGCAACAUUAUGGCUGUGGAGGCGUCCCAUGGGCCUGCAACAACAUAAUGGUUCCGCCGUCUUCGUGUCCAAUAUGCUAUGAAGAUUUGGACUUGACGGACACGAGCUUUUUGCCUUGUUUGUGCGGGUUCCGGCUCUGUCUCUUCUGCCAUAAGAGGAUCCUAGACGAGGAUGGUCGCUGCCCUGGCUGCCGGAAGCCCUAUGAGCGUAACGCUGUUGAGAGAGAGGCGAGGGUGCCUGGAGGUAGCCUUACAUUCCGGUUGGCUCGUUCUUGCAGCAUGAUUACAAGGUCUUAGGGUCUCUGUUUUCAUGAGUUAAUAUAUGUUGGCAUUUGCUUCUUUAUGUUAUUCUAUUUUUACUUUUGUGCGUGUCUUGUGUUGCGCGUUGCAAUAGUAUAAUUAGAGACUUUGAUUUUGCUAGUUAGAUGUGGACAUAGGGUCUUGAGCACCCGAGAAUUGAGCGCUUCUCUUUUGAGUUUGGUUCUUAUCUGUAUGGUGCAUGUGCUAAUGUAGAGGACAUUGUUCGUAUGUGAAUACAUAUGGUGGUAUAGGAAUUCAAUACAUGAAAUAAUAAUACACUACGUUUAUGUUA